AAUUUUAUUCUCUUCAGAGACAAAGAAAUGGCAGAGAUAGAUGCAAUGAUUGCGCGAGCCAGCGAAGAGGAACGAGCAGCGCUGAAGAAAAGGAAGAAAAAGCUACUGAAAGCGAAGGCGAAGAUCAUUAGACGUCGUCAACUGAAAAUGAUCAUAGAAGGCGAUCAUGCGGAUCAAGUGGAAGACAUUGAACUGUUUAGUUUGAAGAAGAUCCGCAGAGUAAGUUUAUUUGCAGACUUUUUUCCUUAUGCCAUAGCUCGAGAAAUAAAGCAGCUGACAUCCGAUGAUGUUCAAACGCCAGAGAUGGGAGACAACAAAGACGAAGAAGAGGGGCUGGGCGAAGGAGAGUGGGAGACAAGAGGAGGGGAUGAGUCAGACGAUGAGAAUGAAGGGUCUGAUGACGAGGCACAGAAUGAAUCCAGUGACGAGAGCGAUAAUGAACUGAUUAAUACUGAAGAAAGCGGGAUGAGCAAAGAAGAAAUCGCUGGAUUGCUAUCCGAUGAAGACGACGAUGAGGAGUUGAAUGUGAUAGAGAAACAUAUGAAGCGACUGAACAAAAAUAUUCACGCCAACACCGUCACCUUUGAUGACGAAAAUGUAUCUGGAAAGAAGCGGAAAGCGCUUGGUGACGACGACGGCUUUAACAAAAAGGACGGGGAAGAGACAGACGAAGACGAAGAGCAAGAUGCUGAGCCUGAAGACGAUUCACCUCCUAAGUCAAGGUUCACAGCUGAAAUGGCUUGGGAGAACGAAGAGUUCGAAGAGGAAGACAAGCGAGCUUCCAAAAGAGAGGCUCCGAAAAGGCUACUCGACGAGGACUUGAAACCGAAAGCGAAGAAACGUCGUCUAACCCCUGAACAGCUAGCCCUCGGAGAGCAAUUGAUAUACUCGAGCAAGUCAGCCCGAGAGUUGGAAGAGUGGGGCUGGAACAGGUAUACAAAUAAUGAUGAGGGACUUCCGGAUUGGUUCGUCGAAGAUGAAAAAAAGCACUAUCGAAAGCAGUUACCCGUUACAAAGGCACAAGUGGAAGAGUACCGAAAGAGGUUGAGAGAGUUAAAUGCGCGACCGUGCAAGAAAGUGGCUGAAGCAAAAGAGCGAAAACGGAGGAAGGCACUGCGACGUCUGGAAGCUGCAAAGAAAAAAGCUGAGGGUGUGCUAGAAAAUGAGAACCUUGAACAUUCAGAAAAAGUUCGAGAGAUGAAGAAGAUCUACGCUGCUGCUCAUCGGAAAGAUCAUAAGAAAACAGAGUUAAUUGUGAUGACAAAAGGCAAGAAAGGAAAGAUUGCAAGGCCAAAUGGGAGAUACAAGCUUGUGGACAGUCGAAUGAAGAAAGAUCUGCGUGCUAUGAAGAGCAAAGAUAAGACGAAAGGACGUGGAAAGAAGUCACGUUCGGGAAGAGGAAGAGGGCGUCACUAA